AGUGUCAGUGCCACCACUACAACGUAUUCCUUUGAACUGUGUGCGCUGGAUUUACGUUUCGGCGGGCGCCACGACGCUCGGCAAGACCUAAAGCCACCGACGACGCCAUUUUUCUCUGUCCGAGACUAUUGACGAGCCGGCCAACCGCCGUCGCUGGGUACCUGGUGCCUGCCAGCGCCAUUCCCGGACCCUGGGAAUCCUUUACAGUGGUUCCUGGGUGCCAUUGCGGUGGCCAUCGGAGCUGUUGCUUCGAUUGGUUUGUUCCUGGACAAAACGGAUGCCCGGGGGCUUCCAGCCGGUGACAUGAUCCUUUGUCUGCCAUCCGGAUCCUCCUGUCUCUCCCGAAUUUCCACCAGCGCCGAUCUGUUUGGCCCGUUGGCAUUUUUCCCCCUGGGGCCAGAGUUGCACUCCCUACCCACGCGCCGCCGCAGUAGCGGUGAUGGCUUAUACCACAGAGUGCGCAGUCCGCAAGGGGCAUGCCAGUGGCUUCUCCCAGACUUUGACAGCAAUAGACCAGGCUGCGGAAUGGCCACGGCCACUACCAGCUGCUUGUCGGUCGGUCCACCUGUCAAUGAAAAUCCACAUCCCCCUUCCAGGCUUUACUCAGUGAGGCGGAUGGUUGGUCUCGAUCGAAUGCAGCAGUGAUGGGGAGAGGACCACGACCACUGCAAGUUGGACCUGGACGACCGGGGGUGUCGCCGUCCGAUUUCGAUUCUUCCUUUGUUACCCUUUCUUCGAGCAAAACCUCCUCCCCGUUCCUUUUCCUACGCUUGCUUGCUUGUCUAUCUAUCUGUCUGUCUGCUCUUGGCCACUCAUUCAUUCCUUUUUUUAUUAUAUCAACUGCUCUCUCUUUGUCCCCCGUCGGUGAUAGUGAAGGCUCGUUCUCUUCCUUCAACCACCUCUCAUUCCCUUCCUUUUUGCUGCUCUUCGGCUCGUGGACUUGACGUCCCUUCUCUCUCCCUCCAGACCAGACACAGGCUUGUCAUCGCGACAAACAACUCGCUCUAUACACGUUCCUUCGGUGAUCGAUUCACCUCGAGUUUGGAUCAGAUACCGUCACUGCUGUUGAGCCAGAUCUCCAGUCCUUACGAAACUAAAACAAGAUCAACAAUAAGCUCUCACACUUUCUCUGAGCAAACUACCAAACAAACACAAUGGCUGUCCUCAAGAACGUUGUCCUUGCGGCUUCGCUGCUCGCUCCUUUGGCACUGGCCGCUCCUUUGCUUGACGAGCGCGCCUUGCACACUCACACCGAAACUUUCUGGGUGACUGUUGAAGAAACCGCCACGGUCUGGGUCGAUCCCACCGAUGGUGCACCUGUUUCGACAGCCACUUCCGCCGCCCCUGCCGAAGUCGUCGCUGUUACCACCACCGCCGCUCCGGCGCCUGCUGAAGUCACCCCAACGACCACCACGACCGAAGUUCCUGUCGUGACCCCGACUCUGGCUGUUGAUUCUGCCACUGCCGUUGCCCCUGCACCUGCUCCCAGCAGCAGCAGCACGAGCAGCAGUGAACAGCCUGCCGCCGCCGUCUUUGCUCCUCAGACCGUUGCUGCUCCGGCUUCUUCUCCAACGACUUUGGCGACCGUCGCCGCCGCCGCGCCAGCUACAACCGAGGCAGCCCCAGUGGCUUCUUCUUCGUCCGCCACCGUGGCUGCUGCUCCUCAGGCUUCUGCGACUACUUCCGCAUCGUCCGGCUCUAGUUCUGGCAGUGGAUCGACUAGCGCCUCCGCCAGCAACACAUGCGAGGGUGAAGGCGACGCCUGCGUCGGGGAUGUCACUCACUGGGACGGUGGUCUAGGCGCCUGCGGCUGGAACGUCGACACCGCCAGCGAGCUCCAGGUUGCCCUGCCUGUUGGUUUUAUGGGCAGCCAGUCCAACGGCAACCCGUACUGCGGCCGCUCCAUCACCCUGUACAACCCGACUUCCGGCACCACCGUCCAAGCCAAGGUCGGCGACAAGUGCAUGGGCUGUGUGGGCCGUGCCAUCGAUUGUACUGAUGCCUUGUUUACUUCCAUCACGGAUGGGACUGGUGAUGGUCGUGUCAGUGGCAUUCAAUGGUGGUUGAACUAGAUCUAGGUCGACCAAUUACAAAACGUUUUACAUUCGGGGAUUUGAUCAGCGGACUUUAUGUCUCAUGCGACUUCUGACAAGUCGAUGGAAUGGAACGGUGGAUUGGACUCGAAACAAACCAAGUUAAAUGCUUCUGGGAAGCACACUUGGCCAAAUCCUGACCAAAUCCUUGGAUGAUAGAAUCACAUGGGAAAAGGGAAUGGGAACAAGAAUGACAAAUCACAUGCCGACCAGUGCUUCUAUGGUCGGUUUGACGAAAUUUACGAUGGAAAUAAGGAAGAUAGAUAGAAAGCAAGCAGAUCCAGGUUCUGGGUUGCAUAUACAAUGGAAUGGAAUAUACUGCAUGCAACUUGAACUCA